AUGGCUGUCCGAGCAACCCUUACCCAGUCCUCACCACCAGGCGCCAUGGACGAAAACGAACUCGCCAAAACAGCCGUCGAGUUCGCCGAGCAAUCAGAAAAGCUCUCUCUCCUCCCACUAGAACAAGGCAACCACGACGCCAUCGCGGUCGAAGCCCAAUUCGUAACCCCCCACGACACGGUGAUAGUAACAGCCGACGGCCACCGGCUCCCAACCGUCCCGGUCCAAGAAGCUCACAAGCUCAACGUCUUGCGAGAAGAACUCGAAACACAACUCGAACCAACCCACCACCAUACAAUCCAAUCCCCCACCGAAGAAAAAGCCAUUGCCCUCUCCCAGCAGCAAAAUGGCACCUCCCCCAACAAAAGAUCGACCGACGCCAGCCUCAAAAGGUCGAUGCCACCAUCCCACACCAACCCCUUGUUCCCCCCUCUACCUUUAUACGGCCCCCCUUCCCUUAUGACCCACAUCCAGUGUCUCAUCUUCCGGCUCACGUCCUUCUUCCUCUCCCUCGGUUUCUUAGCUGUCAUCGUCCUCGGCGCGCUAUUCACCUCCAUCGGCCCCUCGGUCCAACACCUCUGGCGACUCGUCACCCUUCGCAACCCCGACGCUUUCUCCCGCCCCUUUUACAAGGAAGAAACCCGCCGGGCCGAGAUCAGGAAACGGCAAGAAGAAGCCUGGUUAUCCGGCCACCGCCCAUCAGGUAAAACCCCCUACCCCCCCACCGAAGGCGGCCCCGACCCCUUGGUCUGCGACCCAGCCUACUACGCCAGAAGAGUAGGGCUCGAUAUCGAACCUUUUGAAGUCCAGACGGAAGACGGUUUCCUCAUCGACCUCUGGCAUGUCUACGAUCCGAAGGAGCACACCCCCUUGCCAGCUUGCGAACGUGCCCACCGCGGCCCGGAGACCUUCACACCCCCGAGGAAACCGCCAUCCUCUCCAGCGAAGUUCCCGGUGCUGUUGAUCCACGGCCUACUGCAAUCCUCGGGGGCGUACUGCGUCAACGAUGACGACUCCCUGGCUUUUCUACUCGCCAAGGCAGGGUAUGACGUCUGGCUGGGCAACAACCGCUGCGGUUUCACGCCAAAGCACACGCUGCUGAAGUACGCCGACCCGAGGAUGUGGGCCUGGAACAUCCGCCAAAUGGGCGUCUUUGACCUCCCGGCUUUGAUCUCCCGCGUGUGCUACGAGACGGGGUUUUCAAAAAUAGGACUGAUCUGCCACUCGCAGGGCACGACGCAAGCCCUGGUCGCGCUGGCAAAAGAGCAGCGACCUGACCUCGGAGACAGAAUAACGGUUUUUUGCGGGUUGGCUCCGGCGGCGUAUGCGGGCCCGUUGAUUGGGAAGAUGUAUUUUAAAUUCAUGAGGGUCAUAAGCCCGGAGUUUUUCAGGGUCUUUUUUGGGAUUCACGCGUUUAUUCCGUUCAUGAUGGAGAUGCACAGGCGACUAAACGGGAGGGUGUAUGGCUGGUUGGGGUACAAGGUUUUCGGCUUCUUGUUUGGGUGGGGGGAUGAGAGGUGGGAUAGGGGGUUGAGGGACAGGAUGUUCAGGUUUGCGCCGGUUUUUGUCAGUAGCGAAAGUAUGAGGUGGUGGUUGGGGAGGGAGUGCUUUGCUAGGCACAAGUGCAUACUGAGUACGAAGGAGGAGUGGAGGGCUGAGGAGAGGGAGGAUGGGGAGGUUGGGGAAGAGGGGGUUUUGGGCGAGGUAGAUAGGGAUAUGGCUGAUGGUGGUGGGGGGGGGAGGGAAAGAAAAAAGGGGAGGAGGAGGAAGGGGAGCACGGCUUGGUAUGAUGAGAGGGCGCCGCCUUUUGCGCUUUGGGUGGCGGGGGAUGAUGAUUUGGUGGAUGGGGAAAGGUUGCUGAGGCGGUUUGAGAGGGGGAGGGAGCCACAUGUGGAGGUGGUGCAUCAGAAGGUCAUUCCGGGGUAUGAGCAUUUGGAUGUGAUUUGGGCGAUGGAUGCGCCGGAGCAGGUGUUUAGGGAGGUGAAGGAGGUUUUGUGGAAGACGUGUGAUGUGAGGGAUGUUUGUCGGGUUCCCACGGGGUGUGAGGAUGUUCCGGCUUGGAAGCCUAAGAAGAAGGAAGCGACAGGUGAUGAGGGGAAUGAAGAAGAGGAGGAGGAAGAGUUGCAGUCUAGUAGCAGUGAGGACUUGUCUCGGUGA